ACAGGUCGUAGAAAUAGAAUGGCUCGAGGUACGUCGUUGGCAACGCUUUCUUGUCUAAUAUUCCUUAACUGUUUGAGCCCAUUGAUAAGCUGGCCGGCGAACGGCAAAGACGCUUCUGACAUGUCGCAGCCCAACUUCGAUCAGUAUCUUGGCGACUAUCUCAAGCCUGGUGAUACACUGGCCCUACUGCUUGACUACGAUGGUACACUGGCUGAGCUAACGUCCCAUCCGAAUCUCACGCAGAUGAGUGACGAGAUGCGUGAAAGUUUGCGCAACAUCGCAAACAGUGGGAAAGCGUUUGUGGCGGUAAUUUCCGGCCGUGAUGUGGAUGGGGUGAAGGAAAAGAUCGGAAUAGACAACAUGAUCUACUCGGGCAACCAUGGACUGGAAGUGCUGUAUCCGAACGGUACCCGUCACAACCAGGGUAUACCGAAGGAUGCGGCAGAUAACUUUGACAAGAUGAUUGAUCAUCUUAAUCGAGAGGUCGUUCAUCAUGGCUCGUGGGUUGAGAAUAAGCGCGUGUCGAUAACGUUCCACUUCCGUGAAGCCGAACAGAAGUACGUACCGGAGAUGGCAGCACGCGCCAAAGAGAUAAUUGAAUCGUAUGGAUAUCGGGCAAAUCCGGCGCACGCAUCCGUCGAGGGCAAACCACCGAUACAGUGGAAUAAAGGCCUGGCGGCAGAAUACAUACUCGGCACCAGCUUUGACCCGAACUGGCGCACCCGGAAGGUGUUGUUUGCCGGAGACGAUACCACCGACGAGGACGUGAUGAAGAUGAUCAAGGGCACGGGAAGGUCGUUCCGGGUAACGAAAGAUAAGGACCUGGUGACGAAUGCGGACUAUAAAAUACCUUCGGUGGAUGCGGUUUAUCGCCUGCUAAAGUGGAUCGAAUCGAGAGUUUCUUAGGGUGACGGUGAAA